AUGGACAGAGCAGAGACUAGGUUCCGUGAGAGGGGACAGAUUAUGGGAAAGAUCAUGACCAGCCGUCAACCGCAUCCCCAGGAUGAGCAGAGCCCCCAGCGGAGCACCUCGGGGUACCCCCUCCAGGAGGUGGUGGAUGACGAAUUGUCGGGACCAUCAGCCCCUGGGGUAGAUCCCAUCCCCCCAUGUAGGUCCCUUUGCUGGAAAAAGAAGAGGCAGUGGUCAGACGAAUCUGAGGAGGAGCCAGAGAAGGAGCUCGCCCUUGAGCCUGAGGAGACCUGGGUGGUGGAGACGCUGUGUGGCCUCAAGACGAAGCUCAAGCGAAAGCAAGUGUUGCCCGUGCUCCCUGAGCACCACGAGGCCUUCAACAGGCUGCUUGCCCCUGGGGUAGAUCCCAGCCCCCCAUGUAGGUCCCUUUGCUGGAAAAGGAAGAGGGAGUGGUCGGAAGAAUCUGAGGAGUCGUCAUCGGAGGAGCCACAGAAGGAGCGCCCCGAGCCUGAGGAGACCUGGGUGGCGGACACGCUGUGUGGCCUCAAGAUGAAGCUCAAGCGAAAGCGAGUGUCGCUCGUGCUCCCUGAGCACCACGAGGCCUUCAACAGGCUGCUUGAGGAUACUGUCAUUCAAAGAUUCCUGGCCUGGGACAAAGAUCUGAGGGCGUCGGACAAGUAUCUCCUGGCUAUGGUCAUAGCGUAUUUUAGCCGGGCCGGCCUCCUCUCCUGGCAGUACCAACGCAUUCAUUUCUUCCUGGCUCUAUACCUGGCCAAUGACAUGGAGGAGGACGACGAGGCCCCCAAACAAAACAUCAUCUACUUCCUGUACGGGAAGACCCGCUCUCACAUACCCUUGUUCCAUAAGCGUCGGUCCCAGUUAUGCCGUUCCAUGAACUGGAGGGCCAGGAAGAACCGCUCUCAGAUAGCCUUGUUCCAGGAGCUUCGGUUCCAGUUCUUCUGUUCCAUGCGCUGCAGGGCUUGGGUUUCCCCGGAGGAGUUGGAGGAGAUCCAGGCUUAUGACCCAGAACACUGGGUGUGGGCACGAGAUCGCGCCCGCCUUUCCUAG